CAGUCCAAAAACCGUGACAUAGCAAAAGAUUUCUUGGAACUAAGACUAAGUAACAACGUAGCUGCGAAGCACAGCUGCAAAACACAUGUAACCUGCAUAUAUAGCGGUGUAUGUAAUGUGCACGAUUUAACAAUGGCAAACUAUUCAAUUGUGAUCUGACACGCAAUCCAGCGAAACACUCGUCAGUUUUAGUGAUCAACUUUUUAUUUGUAAUCGUAGAACUGAGUCGAGCUCAAUGUUCAACACUUACUUGUACUUUGGGGAAAACUUCAUUAGUUUGGUUCAGUUUCGUCCGUCUUCCUUCCUCAUGGCCGCGCCGGUCCGGUAACAAUGGAUACAUGUACAUGUAGAUCUGUUCUGAGCAACUAAGUUGAUGAAGUCAGCCAUGUCGUCAAGGAUAGCCACAAUACCCUCUCCUCUCAGAUCUGAUGUUAGUGCCUUACAGCGGCAAGAUUCUUCAGCUAAUCAUAUUCACCACACAUCACACCCAGCCACCCUUCUAGAACAGAUGAAUGCACUACGCAAGGACAAAAUGUUAACAGAUAUUUGCCUGGAGAGUGAUGAUGGCCAGCAGUUUCAUUGUCAUCGCAUUAUCUUGGCAGCUACAUGCCCUUACUUCAGUGCCAUGUUCAGUAGUCACAUGGGAGAAACCAGCUCUGAUAAGGUCACCCUCCAUGACAUAGCAGGAUCAAUCCUUGGCCAGUUGAUUGACUAUUGCUACACGGGUUCGUUGCUCCUUACUGAUGAUAUUGUGAAUGAUGUUGCAGAGGCUGCCAACUUUCUCCAAUUCUCAGCUGUCGAGGAGGAAUGCGUACGAGUUCUGCAGAAUCGUUUGAAUGCCAUGAAUAGCCUGGAGACAGAACAGGUUGCUAACCGACUCUUCAACAGGCAACUCAGUGCUCAAGCUCAUGGGUACUCGGUCAAAAAUUUCUCUGAUGUAGCCUUCACACAGGAUUUUCUGGACUUUACUCAAGAGCAAAUAGAAGAUUUCAUCUCUAAGGAUGUGGGCGUGGAUUCAGAGGAGGAGGUGUACGAAGCUGUCAUGCGAUGGGUAUAUCACGACAAAGACAAGAGGAAGACUGCCAUCCCUUCUCUCUUUGAAAAGUUAUUGUUUGAAAUGAUGCCAGAAGCGUAUGUGUUGAAAAUUGCAGCUUCGGAACCCUUGUUACAGGAAUUUGAUGACUGCAUGAAAAUUGUCAAGAAGGCACACUCCUUUCAUGGAGCUAAGAGCAGGUCCAGUGAAAGAAGCAUCAGUAGUUCCACUGAGCUCCUAUCAAGAGCUAACUCCAUGCGCGCUUACUCUGAAGUCAUGAUCUUGAUUGGGGAUCUGGAAUUUUGCUAUCGCAUGGAAGGCUGUGAUAAAAAAGCUAUCAACAUGUUGAUGUAUGACCCCAAACAUCAGAAGUGGGAGUGUCUUCCAGAGUCUCCUUUUGGAUUGGGCAGCUCAGAAUUUGCCACUUGUGCCACUGUCAUCAACAAUGACAUCAUCACUGUGACCAACUGGCACCGAGCAUGGUUAUAUAGCACCAGUCAAAGCAAAUGGUCACUGUUGACCAAUCGCAUGCAAGGUCGUAAUGGUGGAUGCUUGGUGACCCUCAACAAUGAUGUCUUCAUCUUGGGUGGUCUGAAGCCUGUGAUUACAAGUCGCAUGACCAGUGUUCAGUGUUUCAACCAAGCCACCAAGCAGUGGGUAGACGUGGCUCCUAUGACUGAAGCACUUCUUCAUACAACAUCUGCAGCAUGUCUUGGUAAAAUCUAUGUGGUUGGAGGUUCAUCUGGUUCUCGUUAUGUGUCAGAGAUGUUAUGCUACAGUCCUGACUAUAACAAGUGGAUCAGCUGUGAACCUCUACCAUCACGGCUUAUGCGUCCCCAGAUGGUCGUUCUGACUGGUAGCCUGUAUGUCCUCGGUCUCGAGAAUGAUUUUGCAAUGGCCAUGUAUCGGUUUGAUGUCAGAAAUCAGCAGUGGACUGUGAUGGAUGCACCCAUGAUUUCACGGCAUGGGGCAACCCUGUCUGUCUGUAACAAUAAGCUGUUUCUUGUGGGUGGCAAAAUCUGCAGCAGUGAUUACAGGGAAACAAAUGAGUUUACUGUGGAGUAUUUUGACCCAGACAGUGAGAUCUGGAGCAUCCACGGAGAGUCACAGUGGGUGCUGAAUGGCCAUCAGGCUGUUACAGUCUUACACCCUGCAUUUUCUCCAUCACGAUACCUUGGCCCAAAACAGCACUGAAGACCAUGACAGAAACAUCCCUUUCAUAAAAAAGAAAAGAUUUUCUGUGGUCUCAAGAAUACAAAUAAGGGUCUUGAAGUCGGAGGGCAGAGUACUCAAAAAAAAAAAGAAAAAGAGAGGUAUCCCCCCCACCACUAGCACAAGCCGCCAAGGACCAAAGCUUACAAACUUAAAAUCGGGGACUUUGCUGUCGGUCGGACAGUGGAGAAAAUUUUUUUUUUUUACAUUUACAUAUAUCGGUAAAUUCUUGGUUGGCGAAUCCAACACUUCUCAAAACAAACAAUUUUAUUGUGUUUUCCAGUUCUGAAUCCAGAAGGUUGGCGGAUCUGAGCACCAACUUAAAAAAACACUCACCUUAUAAAAGUUCAAAGGCAAAAGAAACAUGACAAGCUUACAUGUACAUGGACAUGUAGCUACCCGGUACCACUUACAGCUAAAGAUAUGUAUGAGUGGCUUCUACUAAGUCAGUGUCUUCAGCUUGAAACACAUACCACAUGCACACUCGAGGAGACUGGAUGCCAUAGACCACAUUACAUAUGUUCUAUACAUGUACAUGUAUGGAACAGAAGUUGUAUGUCACUUUUUACUCUUUGUCUAGUAAAAAUACAUGUAAGCAGAACUCUGAAAAGCUUGGCUUAAAAGUUAAGAGUUAAUAACCUGAUUUAAAUUGAUUUUUUCAAGUUGGUACGAGGAGCUGAACAAUCGUAGGCAUUCAUCUACACAUGUGCAUACCAAUAUUCAAUGCAGAUAGUUCUGCUUGAACAAAUACUACAUUUAAUGUACAAUUAAUGUACAUGUGUCUACAUAAGAGAAUCUUUUUGGGUAAUAAUGGCACCAUGCUUAUUAUCUCAGUUGUUCAGAGAGAAUCAUCCACAUUGUAAAUAUGGCUUUUAGUAUUGCAAGUACGGUACAUGUGUACAAUGUAUGUACAUGUAGCUGUGUGCCACGAGCUUAAGUGUAUCACUGAAAAGAUACAGUGUACUUCUACUGUAUGUAGAAUUGAUGCAUGUGUAAGUACCCUUGGGCUUAUUUUCUUGCAAUGUGUUGGGCAUUAUAUUGGAAGAACUAUUUUAGGUGAUGAAAGAUGGUACAACAUGUACAGUAAGCGGAUUGUUUUCUAAAGAUAGUUCACAUUGUGAACUACCAUGACCAAGCUCAUCAUGCACACCAAGCAAUACAUAUGUACAUGUCUAUGGCUGAAAACUAGGGCCAUUUCUCAAACAUGGAGCUCAGACAUCAGUGCAUUAUCAGGCUCCUUUCCUUGGAUACUCUGUGGCUAAAUACGUCAGGAAAAUCCAAUCCAUUUGAGUGAAGUUAGAGGUCGAAAACGCCCAUUUGGUUUGAAAAUUACAAUGUUCACAAAAUGGGCCAAGUUUGGACGGAUACAUGUACAUGUAGUUUUGAACAACCGCUUGUUAGUUGUGCUGGUACUUGGAAUAUUUGUGCCUAGGUUACCAGACAAAAUUGGCUAGUGGUUGACAAAUACAGUACAUUGCAAUUGAAAGUUAACCUCAAAAGGUGGAAAACUUUCCACACUUUGGCACAUCCAGGAAAAUGAAAAAUAACUAUUCAUUUCACAAAUUGUGGAAAAUUUUCCCCUCAGUCAGUGGGAAAAUUUUUCUCACUUUCUUCCACUUUGUGAAAAACAAAUUCACAGGUGGAAAUUUUUUCACCCCUUUUUUUUCACCAUUGGGAGAAAUGUUCACACCUUUUUACACAAGUGGGGAAAAUUUUCACCAGGUGGAAAUUUUUUUACAAGUGGGAACAUUUUUCACAGCUUUUUUCAUGAAUAAGAAAUUUGCCUUUUAAUGUGAAUUCUUUUCACAGUUUUUCCUGGUCAUUUUCACGGGUUAAGUUUCACUUGCAGUGUACUCUAGUUGCUCUUUGGACUUGGCUAAAGUGUAAGAGCUGAAGCCAAGACUCAGAAAUGGGCAGGAAAGUGCAGUGAACCAUCAUAACUUCACACUGAGAUAUUUGGAAGCAAACAGGGAGGUGUUUGACAACACACGUCUUGUUACAAUGUACCUGAUUACCAUACUUAGUGAGGGAGAUACAGAAUGUAUAAAGUAGGGUUUCAAUGUGGUAAGGUCAUAAUUUUAAUUUUUAGUGUUUCAAAACACAUUUUAUGAAAUCCUUUUAAAUUUGUAAACAUGCUUAACGCACAAUAAAUUUGAUCAGUAACGUUUCCUUUUUUGGUUUAGAACAUGCCAGCGAGCUGUAUUGCAAAUUAGCACAGCUGUGGCCCGUCAAGAGGAAUACAGGUGUAAAAGUUGUCAGGAUUUUUCGUCAUUUUAGGAUUUUCCUUAUGAUUUUCCUGAUUUCAGAUUGUUCAAUGUCUUUUGACAAUUUGGAAAUCCUGACUUUACCAUAAAGGUGUUUUUACAUAUACAGGAUAUAGAAGACAAGAAAUGGGUAUUUUAAGGGGUAUUUUAUCAAAUAAAAUGGGUAUUUUAUCACGCAAACACAGAUACAUAUCUACCAUAUAUAGACCCUAUGCUACGGCCAGGCCUUCAAAACCUCUGAGGAUCCAUAUUAUUCUCCAAUCUUGCCACUAGGAAUCGGAUAUUAAAUUGAUUUCAUUAGAAAUACAGCUGUAUAAAUUUUUUGUUUGUAACUCUCAGUAUGUUUCUCCCUCUUUCGUGUACAUGUAUUACACUUUACAUUUUGUUGAUUCAUCUUUGUAUUAUUGAGUUACUGCUACGUAUGUUUCAUCCAUUUUACUAAUUUAACGCAAUAUCGCACCUACCACUCAGGGCUUCAGAGCUGGGUAAAGGAGGGAGGUGAUCAUAGGUUCAUUGGCAUGUGGAACCUCCAAGAGCAUUCCAACCACAAUCCCAACAACUACUCCAAAAAGGUCAAAGGUAAUUACAUGGAGAUUAUAGACUGCUCUCAUCUUGUCUACAACUUGUAUGUGUGGCCUAAGUUACAGAAAUAUCACCUUUUGGUUUGUUUUUUGUUUUACCUCAAAUUUGUUCAAUAUGGACAUUUUGUCACAUUCUUUAGUAUUUAGUAGUGCGUAUAUUAUUUUCUGGUGUUCAGAUACCUGCAUUGGAUUUUUUACACUUUUUACUUUUAUAUCAACUGCCAACUAUUCAUGUACUUUUAGCAGCCACUUGUAGGAAAAACCAACCACAGACUGUGAGGUCAAAAGAGCAGACUCUCUGCAGGUACCGUGCACGGAUCAGCACUUGGCACUGAACAUGUUUACACUGGGAUGACAUCUGGUGUUUUUUUCUGAAAUAUGUUGACCAUUUGAAAUAACUAACUGGGUUGUUGAAAAAGUGUUUAAGUUGAGAAAUGUACAUCAACAUGACUUGCCAAUUCAUAUAUGAAAACUAACACUGCCAUGAAGCUGAAAAAUAAGUAUUUGGCAUGGUGAAAGAGGAAUUCAAAUGGAAUAUACCGGUACAUUCUUUUAAGUAUAAAGUCGUCAGAAAUGUGAAAAUCCAGAAGACAAUCAGAAUGAAGGACAGCAGUCACUAAACGACAGAUUAGCUCAUAAAAUAUUGGCAGCCCUGCAAAAGAAAUCAUUGGCCCACCAGACUGUCAACCUAUUGACUAAUUUCUCAGAAAAUGACAAGCAGGAUACAUGUACUUUGAUGAUGAUGUUUUUACCUUCUGAUGGAAUGUCAUUGUCAACGGUUGGUUUCCUUUCAGCCAGUCUAAGUUCGAUAACCUGCUUACUAAAUUGUUAGGAGAAGGGCAAACCAAACACUGUACAUGUACAGGGAGUGGGCGUGUGUGGGGGGGGGAACGUGCCCACUGGAUCUGCCUCUGGCCCUAAAAUGCGGAAUAUCUUAUGGUUCUGUUUAAAAACAAACUCUUCUAAAGGCUCCUUUAGGGCUUAAAGAUGAUUUUCCAAUCAAGAACUCUCUCCGAUUGGGGACCUGUUGCCCUCUACAAUUUAAUGUCCACGACUUCUUACAGAAAUAAACUCGCCCAUGAUAAUUACGUGUACAUGAAUAUGUAGGCAUGAUUGCUAAUAGUUGGAAAGCAAACAGGCAUUUAUGCAUGUUACAGUCCCCACAAAAAGUGCUUAAUGUCUUGUAUUUUGAAAAACUUGGGUAUGCCCCAAGCCUUACAGGCAAUAUCUAUCCUAAGACUGGGAGCACUAAAGCUGCGUAUAUUUCAUCAGUUAAAGUGACUUUCUCUUGAAAGCGAAAUUAUAAGUUUCACAUCAUUUAUUUUGAUAAUGAAAUUCAUUGUGUAUAAUAUGACACAGAUACUUAAAUUGAAAUACAUCAAUAUAUGUAUUGUAUUGAAAUUAAAAUUGCAUAUGUUGAUCCCUCCUGAUUGUAAUAAACUGUACACAAGGUUUUGACUGUUGUACAUAUACCAAUUUCAUGUUUUAGUGCAUUUGAUGUCUGUAUUAUGUAAUACUCAUAAAUACCUCAGACAGUCUUCCAAAUCAACAACAUGCAAAUUGACUGUGUACUUAACAUUUGAUAAUGUCCGCAGAGAAGUGACAAUGCCUGCUGUGUAAGUCACGGGAGGGCACCUGGGUACAAGACAGUUUAGUCGAUUCAGAUUGGUCAAAAGUCUGUAUGCAUGUGGCUCACCACGUGCAUGUCAAUUGGACAAUUUGCAGAAGGAAUAUUCCAUAAAAUGGACAGGGGUGUUGGGAAAAUAAAAGUAAAAUUCUAGAACAAAAUUGCUUGAAAUACAUCAGAUAUCGACUUCUUUUUGACUGUCUGAUUAAAAUGGUAUUUAUGAAUUGGAAUAAAUAUGUGCUUGGCGGUCUUAAACACAAGACCAGCUCUGAUCUGAAUGCCGAUAACGCCCUUGCCUGUGGCUCGAACAUUAGUGGCAUCCAUUCUCCUGAGCUGGCCUUAAACGCAUGUUUAACACUGGCCAAGCACAUAUUUAUUUCCUUAUCUAACAAUUGCUGCUUGCAGUCUAGGGGUCCAUGGUGUUUUGUACACCCGAGGGGGCAAAUGGCAAUCCAGGUGAAGCCGAGGCUGCCAUUUGCCCCCAAAGGUAUACCCUUGUCACUGCAAGCAACAAUUAUUUUGUUAUACCAUAGUCACAGAUUUCAUUGUUACACCACGGUUCUUAGAUUGUUGUACCACGCUCAUAGAUAGUGAAAUUUUAUUGGCGACAUAAUAUACUACAAGCGCUUAUGUAUCAUUCACGCAUCGUUGCACUAGCGAUGUUGCUGGGCCACAAAAAAUGAUGGAUAACGUUGAUCUUUCCACAGUUGAUGGGUCAUGUCUACUGCCUUGUAACUGUGGAAUCUUGGGUACGAGGGUGGAUAGCCGCAGUGGUUCAACCGGUAUGUACCAAUUAUUGACACGACACAUCAACUGUGGGAAAGAUCACAGUUAUCCAUCAUUUUUGUGCAACAUCACCAGUGUGCUCAACGCGGAAAUGAUGCAUGCGCACAUAGCAUAAAUAUACAUGUAUCACGUGAUCGGUUUGAAACCAAUAAAACUUCACUACACCAUAUUUGUGACUGUGGUAUAACAAAAAAUAUUAUUCUUGAAUAUUUUAAUAAUCAUGAUGUUGAAAUAAAUGGUGUGUGUCAAGGGA